UGUCAUAUGUGUAAACCCACAUGCCCAAACCCUUUAUCAAUACACAAUAUUUACGCUUCUUAUAUUAAUAUUUUUACGUCAUUUAUACUUGGGGAGAGAGUUAAUUCAUUAACUCUUGGAUUUUGGGGGCUCUGGGUUUUCUUUAGAGAAGUAAGUCAUUAUGUCUUUAAUGGGUUUGUUGGUGGAAGAUGUGUCAGUGACAUGAAGAAGACGAACAACAACAAUAAGCUUGCAUUAAAUGUUUUGCUUUCACCUUCAUCAAACAACACACACAAUCAAAGUGUUUUUCAUACUCUUCAGAAAAGUCAAAACGGUGAAAAAGAGGAGGGAGAUUCUUCAGCCAUUACAAUGUCUUCUUGCUUGAUUUUCACCUUCAUUUUCACACUCUGCCUCCUGUCGUCUUGCUUUUCCUACGCUGCUUUUCUACAUAAUACCACAGACGAAAAUGUGACUCUCCGGCCUCAACAUGAGAUCCAGAAGCUGAAACUUAUCAGAGAACACCUCCAAAAGAUCAAUAAACCCGCCGUGAAGACCAUUCAGAGCCAAGAUGGAGAUUCAAUAGAUUGUGUUCCAUCUCAUCACCAGCCUGCUUUUGAUCAUCCCUUGUUGCAAGGACAAAGACCAAUGGAUCCACCAGAGAUGCCCAAAGGGUAUAGCCGAGAAAACGAAUCCCAUGAAGAUUUUCAGCUUUGGAGUUUAACCGGUGAUUCUUGUCCGGAAGGUACGAUUCCAAUCAGAAGAACGACGGAGCAGGACAUGUUAAGAGCAAGUUCUGUGCGUAGAUUUGGUCGCAAAAUCAGGCGUGUAAAAAGGGACUCCAGCAGUAACGGCCACGAGCAUGCGGUUGGAUACGUAUCCGGAAGUCAAUAUUACGGAGCAAAAGCAAGUAUAAACGUGUGGACGCCACGUGUCAAUAGCCAAUAUGAGUUUAGCUUGUCUCAGAUUUGGGUCAUCGCCGGUUCUUUCGCCGACGAUCUUAAUACCAUCGAAGCUGGUUGGCAGGUUAGCCCGGAGCUGUACGGAGACACUAACCCAAGGUUCUUCACAUAUUGGACGUCGGAUGCGUACCAGACAACAGGAUGCUAUAACCUAUUGUGUUCCGGUUUUAUUCAGACAAACAAUCGAAUUGCGAUCGGAGCUGCCAUUUCUCCGGUUUCAUCGUAUAAAGGUGGACAAUUCGAUAUAAGUUUAUUGAUAUGGAAGGACCCAAAACACGGACACUGGUGGCUCCAAUUCGGGUCGGGCACACUAGUCGGGUACUGGCCCGUAUCAUUGUUCACACACCUGAUGGAGCAUGGGAACAUGGUCCAGUUCGGUGGCGAGAUAGUGAACACAAGACCUGGUGGUUCACAUACGUCGACUCAAAUGGGAAGUGGACAUUUUGCAGGUGAAGGUUUUGGAAAAGCGUCUUACUUUAGGAAUAUGGAGAUGGUAGAUUGGGACAAUACUCUUAUUCCGACAUCUAAUCUUAGAGUUCUUGCGGAUCAUCCGAAUUGUUAUGACAUAAAAGGAGGAGUAAACCGGGUUUGGGGUAAUUAUUUUUAUUACGGAGGACCCGGUAAAAACUCGAAGUGUCUUUAGAGAUGAAAAAGAGUAAAUUAUGUGUGUUUCAGCCGACGUAGGUGAGUUUUUUGGGAUUGAGGGCUCUGGACAAAGAUCCAGAGAUUUUUUUUUGAAAAAUGUAUGUGUAAGAAAAGAAAUAUACCGAUUGAUUAAUGAAAUCAAAUGUGAAGUGCAACAUAAAUGAAAUGAAUCUAUUAACUAGUUGCCGAUCAAUUAUAAA